GUGGGCCUGGUUGAAAUCCAUAACACACAUGAUUUUCACAAAGUAACGCAAAUGAUUCAGGAGGGGCUGUGGGCUGCCUCCCAGGUCUCCAUAGACAACCCGCCCAAGGGACCUGCAACUCUGAAAGAUUUUGCAGAAAUCAGGACCCAGGUUCACAAAGAGGGCUUCCAGCUCGAAAUUUUGGCGGGUCCAGCUUUUGCACGCCUAAGGAAACGUGUAGGCCUGAAUGAAGAGGACUAUCAGGCUGCUCUGGGUCCCGGUAACCCCUACCUCCAAUUCAUCAGCACGUCGAAAAGCAAAGCCAGCUUUUUCCUUUCGUGA